UUUAUCACUGCAGCGCUACUUGGGCACUCGACGACUACUCUAGAUGGGCAAUGAGAUAAAAAUAUUUACCGUAGAGCCUGCCAGCGCUAUGAGGGGGUAGCGCAAGGCGUCAUGUCUUUUAUCGCUUGCUGCUUUGCGGGCUCUGAACCUAAGGCAUCAAAAGGUUCAGGUUUAACACCCCGGCAUGUAAGCAAAGGCAGUGUCCUGACGGUCCCCGCUGGCGGAACCGGGCCGUUUUCUGGGCCCGCCCCGAAUGGAGCUACUGUGUUUGGCGCUAGCGUGAAUGUCACAGAGGAGGACGGAGUCACAAGUUUGGGAGAAGCCAAGCGUCUAAUAGCGGCGCUUACAGAGCGCGUAAGAACACUCGAGGGCUCGACUACAGCGGUGGAAUCGCUCUUGCACUCUGCAAAUACACUGCUUCCGCUUAAGUCUGGCGAGGCGCUCAAUAUUCGCUGCUCAAGCUUCAAGGACUGCAGCCGUGACGGCGAAAAGCCAGGUGGCGCCGACGCAGCGGACGGUUCGCAGUCGCAGCGGCACCCCUUCCGCGCAUAUGACAAAACGGAACUGGUGGAGCUGCUUCGGGGCUGCGGCAAGCCGGCCGCGGCGGUGCUAUUGCAGGCGGUGUGUGAGGAAGACCUGGAGGCGGUGCCGCCCGGACUGCUGUUUGACGUCGACCCCGCAGCCGGCGAGGCGCUGGCGGCCGCGCCACAGCUCGCCGCCGCCCUCGCCUCCACCUUGCGCACCACCACAGCCGCCCACAACAACACGGGCCGCUUCGGCCAGCAGCAGCACCAGCAGCAGCAGCAGCAGCAGCUGGGGCGUGGCGCUAGCGGCGGCGCACAUGCGUCUGCAGCCGGGGGGGUGUUUCUGGAGAGCGGCGGCGCGGCGGGGCUCACCGGCACGGGCGGCACGGGUGGCACGGGCAGCCUGGAGGCACUGCCCGCCUACCUGCGCCUGCGGAUGUACAUGAUGCAGGCCUGUGCUUCCAGGCCGGUGCUGGCCCACGCCAACACGGCGGCCCGCCAGCUGUUCGAGGUGCGCAGCGACCGGCAGCUGCAGCUGGUGAUGGAGGCGCAGGUGCAACAGGACGCCAUGCUGGCCAUGCUGCUGCAGGAAUUGCUGGACGAGUUGCUGGAAGCGGACCCGGCACCCGCCGCCGCGGCAGCAGCAGCCGCCGGCGCCGGAGCCGCGCCAGGGGACCAGCUGUCACUGGUGGGCGCCGGCGAGGGCAGCCGCCGUGGCGGCAUGGCGGCGCCGGCCCUGACCCUGCACACGGUGUCGCACUUUGUGAACACAAGCAACCAGAAGGUGUUCCCCUUCGUCCCGGUCACAAUGCGCGCGUGCGGGUACCAGAAGGGCAGCGGCGAGGUGGUGCCCUGCGUGAUCCUGGAGUUCAGCCCGGAUUCGAACCAGGGUUCUUUCCUGCAGCACCUGCAGCGCGAUUACACAAUGAUGGGUCGCAUGAGCGCCGUCAUCACGCUGUUCAGCCUCAAGGGGGAUGUGCUGCACCAGAACGCCGGAUCCAUCGCCUACUACGGCUACCGGCGGGACGACGCCAAGCGGCUGCGCGAGCGCGCCGCCGCCGCCGCCGCCGCCACCGCCGCCAGCACCACCGUCGCUGACGGCGGCGCGUCCUGCGGCGGCCCCAGCGGCUACCCCUUCAGCAGCCGCGGCACGCAGCGCGGCACGCGGGGCCACGGCGCGGGGCCGCUGCCAUCGAAGCAUGCGCUGGCACAGGCUCUGGAGGACUCAGGGACGGGCGUGGAGGGGCUUGCCGGAAGUGGCGGCGGCAUGGGCGGCCUGGCGGCCGGCGGCGCCCCGGCGGUGCCGCCGUCGUCGUCUCUGGCGGUGGCGACGUACUCCGCGGCGGGUGGUGGGGGUGGAGGGGUCGGAGAGGGAGGAGGCGGCGGGCCGCCAGCGGAGGAGCCAUCGGUGCUGCAGCAGCUGUUCCGCUACGCGCCUGGGGACAUGCUGGAGUCCAUGCUGGAAGCAAUGGUUCAAGGCGGCGUGUGGAAAGCCAUCAUCCCCGUGCCAGGCAGCCUGGUGCCGGCCGCCAGGGCCGGCGCCGCCGCCGCCGACGGCGCCGCCGCGGCGGGCACCACUGGCAACGGCAUGUCUGGCGGGGCGCGCUACGGCGCCAGCGGCGGCCUGGGGGCUGAAUGUCUGUUCACGCAGGAAUGCAACCUGCUCAACACGCAGGCGGUGAUGGCGUUUGGCGCGGCCGGCGGCAGUACGGCGGGCGGUGGAGGCGGCGGCGGUGGCAGCUUUAGCAUGCGCGGCGGCGGAGGCGGAGGCGGAGGCCAGCGAGGUGGCGGCGGUGGCGGCGGCGGGCCGCCGCCGGCGUCCUCGUCCUACCGGGCCUCGCGCGGCGAGGUGUUUGAGGGUUCGUUCGGCAUGUCCCUCGCCCACAGCCCCAGCGGCAGCCGCUCCAAGCUCGGCCCCGUUGGCGGCAGCGGCAGCGCCCAGGCCUCCACCUCGCACCUGCAGCUCGCGUAUGGGGGCCUUGCCUCCGCCGCCGCCGCCGGCGGCGCCGCCGCCGCCGGCAGCUCGAACGCCGCGGACGGCGGCCCGCUGGCCCGUGGCUUGGCCCCCGCCGUGCCUGCGUGCAAGUCCCUCCUGGGUGGGCAGCUGCAGGUGGUGCCGGAGCAGUCACCCGAGGUGGAGAGGGCCUCGGCCUCGCAGUUCGGCCUCAGGUCCGGCACGCCUGGCGGCGGCGGCGGCGGCAGUGCUGCAACGUCGGCAUCGGUGCCGGCGGCAGCCGGAGGCGGCGGCGCCGGGGGCGCCGACGGGGCCGCGGCGACUGGCGGGCUGCAGAUGGGCACCGCGUUGCGGGCGAGGGCGCGCAAGGUAGCGCCGGUGUGUCUGACUGUGCGGGGAGCUGGAGGCGGCGAGGGCGGCGAGGAGGGCGGUGAGGAGGGCGGCGAGGAGGGCGGCGGCGAGGAGGGCGGCGAGGAGGGCGGUGAGGAGGAGGUGGACGCGGAUGAGCUGGCCGUGAUUGAGGGCGAGUGCGCGGAGGCGGAGCAGGAGAGCGAGGACGAGGACGUGGCGGAGGUGGCGGCGGCGCUCCUGAGCUCCGGCAGGGCGGGCUCGGGCGCGCGGGCGGCGCUGCCUGCCAGCAACAGCAGCGGCGUCGCGCCGGCGGUGGGGCCGGCGCGGGUGCGGAACUUCUUGGCUCCCCCAGGCGGCCAGAGUGGCAGCAUGACAAUCCAGCGGAACUUGAACUCAGAGCAGUACGUCGCUUCCGUGCGUAGCCCCUCCAGCACCGUCGCGCACACGCGCUCGAUCUCUCACGCGCAACCUCAAGCGCAAUCGCUGGCAGUGGGCUCAGCGCCAUCCGGCACCAAGCAGUCGAGCUACAGCGGCCUGCUGCAGAUGGCGGCGGCGGCCCUCCGCGGCCGAGGCGGUGGCGGCGCCGCCGCCGCCGCCGCCGCAAACGCCAGCAGCACCGGCGCGCCGCGCGCCGCCUCGGCCAACUCAGAUUCCUCCCACGCGCCGCGGCGCGCCGCCACCUAUGCCGUACUGCCCAGCGGCCGCUCCAUGGCUGACAUGGCGGCGUACACCGCAGCAGCUGCCAGCGGCGGCGGCGGCGGCGGCGACAGUGGCGGCGGUGGCGGCGGCAGCGGGCGCGUCGCCUCUGCCGCCGUCGCUUUCGGCGUCGGCCCUGGCGGCGGCGCCGCCGACAUCAGCAUCGGUUCUCUGGGCUCCGCCGGCGGCGGCGCAGUGGCGGCAUCUCGCAUGUCGCGCAUCCGGCGGCGCAGCGCGCUGCAGCUGUACUCGGCGUCGGCGGCAGGCGACGCAUCGGCGCUGGCGCAGACGACGUGGGGCUUGUUCGGAGCGAUGCCAGAAGGCCCAAUGGCGCUGGCGGCGGCGGGCGGCGUGUCGCGGGCCCACUCGCGCACCACCGCGCAUCAAUACAUGGCACCCACGACCCCACACGCCGCUCAGCAGCACCAACCAGCGGCCCACGCCGCGACCGGCAGCGUCGCCAGCAUGGAAGGCGCGGCGACGGGCGCGGCAGCGGGUGCGGGUGCAAGCGGGGGCGCGCCCGCAGCGGGCGCUGGCGGUGCCGCCACCUCGCCCCCUAUCGGCAGCAGCGCAGGUCUGGGCCACACCCCGUCCAUACUAUCUCGAGGCGCCCAUCGCGCCGUGGCCACAGCCCACAGUCUCAACCAUCCGAUUGCGGCCGCCGGCGGCGCUGGCGCCGCCGUCGCUGCCGGCGGCAUCGCCACCAGCAGCGUGUGUGCCGCGGGCAACGAGCAGGUGGGCUCACAGACGUCCUUACCGGGGCUCAGCAUGAGCCAGAGCCAGUGCCGCAGCUACUCGCAGCACCUGAGCACCACCGGCAACACACACAACUGGCACCUAGCCAUGCAGUCCAACGCCUCCCCCGCGCUUUCCGCCUCGCAGCAGCGCUCCGCCUCCAACCACCAGGUGCAGCCGCCACCGCAUGCGGCACCCCAUGCCGCCGCCGCAGGCAGUGGCGGCGGCGCCGCAGGCAGUGGCAGCGGCGCCGCAGGCAGUGGCGGCGGCGCCGCAGGCAGUGGCGGCGGCGGCGCCUCCUCGCUUUUACAAGCUUCCAUGCGUGCGAUAGCGCCGCCGCCGUCGGGCCCCGGCGCGAUGGCGUUCCUGCAUGGCAUGCUGGCGCCGGCGGAGCAGGGCUCGGUGCCGUCGGCGGCGACAUCGGCGGGGCAGCACGGCGGCCACGGGCAGUCCCACUCACAGCUGGGCGAGGUGGCGGGCUGGAUGAUCUCACACGCGCCUGCCGGGACCAGCGAAGAGCCGGAUCAGGUGGGCGCGGGCGGCGGCGGCGGCACCGGCAGCGGUGGUGCCUACGGCAGUGACGGCGGCGGCGGCGGCGGCUUUGCGAGCGGCGCAGCAGCAGGCAGUGGCAGCGCGGGCGGCGGCGGCGGCUCCUCCUCCGCCGCCGCCGCCACGCGGUCCGGCAUGGGCAUGGGCGGCGGCGCGCCCUCGUCCCUGUCUUUCGGCCUUGCGCAGCUGCAGCGGCCGAGCAGCACCGUGGGGGUCACCGGCGGCCCCACCGCUGCCGCUGCCACCGCCGCCGUCAUGUCAGCCGCCGCCGUCGGCGGCAGCGGCUUGGUGCUCGGACUCGACAACACCGCACACAGCAGCGCCGGCGUCGUCAACGCAGCUACGGCUAGGUUUGGCGCUGCAGGCAACGCCUCGGCGCCGCCGCCGCCACCGCUGGCGCCGCCGCCCCCUCCACCGCCGCCGCCGCCGGCUGCGGCGGCGCCGUCGUCACCGACGGUACGGGUGCGGCGGCCGCCCAGCCGGCAGACGGAGAGGUCUGGUUCCAGCCUCCUCUUGUUUGGCGGGGUGGCGUCGGCGUCGGCUGGUGGCGGUGGUGGCGGUAGUGGUGGCGGUGGCGGCGGCGUCGCCUUGGCGUUCGGGGCCAAGAGCGCCACGAGCUUCAGCUUCGGGUCUCAUGCCGCGACACGAAGGCCACUGGUGCGCAUGAUGAGCUUCCUCAACACCGCCUCGCAGCAGCCCCUGCAGCAGCAGGGCUCGCCGGUGCAUCCCCACCCGCUCCGACACAUGGCCAGCAGUGGGAUGGGCGGCGGCGCCGGCGGGCAGUACGGCGGCAGCGGCACUGCCAGCCCCGCCGCCGCCGCCAGCAGCCCCGCCGCCGCCGGGGCCACCCGCGGCAGCAACAACAGCAGCGGCACCCAGAUACAGAGCCUGCCCCCGCAGCCGCAGCCGCAGCUGGUGACGCGGCAGGGCUCAGUGGUGAUGGCGGCGGCGAUGGAUAGCAGUAGCCUCUCCGGAGCGUAUGGCCGGCAGCUCUCCAACCCCGCGCUGCGGUUUCCGCCGUCGCCCAAUCCUUCCAGCCUCAACCCUUCGCGCCAGGGUAGCCAACGGCCUCUGUCGCCCGGCGGCGGCGGCCUCUCCGGCGGCCGAUUACUGGCGGCGCCAAACGACAUUCGCAUUAGCGAUGUACAGCUGAAUCUGGUGACCACCGCCGGGGCCGGGCACGGCAGCGUUGGCAUCGGCGGUGGCGGGAGUGGUUCUCACAGCGUCUUCCGGACCACAGGCAACAACAUUCGAGGCCUUGUCGCUACAGGAGGAGGCGGCGGCGGCGGAUCCGUUUCGGCGAGCAGUGCAACGGAGGCAACGCCCGCGAGCAUGGCGGCGGCCGGGUACGGCAUCCGCGGCGGCGGCGGCGAUGGCGGGGAUGCGGCGGGCGGAACGGGAUCCGUUGUGGAUCCAGCAGAGGACGAGCAGCAGUACCACGAGAUCACGGCCACCUCGUUCCUGGAUCCGGUGUCCAAGGCGCAGGUGGUCAUGGUCGUGCAGACGGACGUGACGGCCCGCGUGCGGCUGGAGCGGCGGCUGGCCGAGGUGAUGGAGGCCGAACACAAGCUGCUUGAGAACAUCUUUCCACGCCACGUGCUGGAGCACAUCGCCUCCGCCUCCGCCGCGGCGCAGCAGCAGCAACAUCAGCAGCAGCAGCUGGCGGCGCUGGCGGCGGGGCGCGGCGCCGGCGGUGCGGGGGCGCUGGCGGUGUCGGCCUUCAACCUGUCCAUGCUCAGUGCGAUGCCGGACCCCACCGCCACCGCCACCGACCACGAACAGGUCACAAUUCUGUUCAGCGACAUCGUGGGUUUUACGAGCAUGUGCAAAGAGGUCCCUGCGAAGACCGUUAUGAAGUUCUUGAACCAGCUCUACAGUCGUUUUGACACGCUGCUGGACAUCUACGGCGUGUACAAGGUGGAGACCAUUGGCGACUGCUACAUGGUGGCGGGCGGGCUGAUCAGCAAGGACGCAGACGGCUUCGCGGCGGUGCGCAAGGGCAGCAGCGACAAGCUUCAGGCCUGGCGUGUGCUGUCGUUCGCCAAGGCCAUGCUGCGGGACGCGCAGAAGGUGCUUCUGCCGACCACUGGCGAGCCAGUCAAGAUGAGGGUGGGCAUCCACACGGGCCCGGUGGUGUCGGGGGUGGUGGGCAUGCGCAUGCCGCGCUUCUGCCUGUUCGGCGACACCAUCAACACGGCCAGCCGCAUGGAGUCCACCUGCCCCUACGGCCGCAUCCAGGUGUCUGAUGCCACGUGGGGCCUGGUGCCGGAUGAGGACUGGGAGCCCACUGGCGGAGUGGAGGUGAAGGGCAAGGGCGUAAUGAACACCUACCUGCUGCGCCAGCCUCUGCCUGCCGCCGUGCCGGCCGGCCUAAGCGCCGCCAACAUGUCCGUACCGGGCCCCAUCGAGGGAGCGGGUGCCCUCGGAUCCGGCGGCGGCAGCCCCGGCGGCGGCCGCAACGACGAGGCCACAGCGCUCAAGCGGAUGGCUACCAACGCCGUUGCGCGGGCGGCGGGUAUGGCAGCGGCAGCCGCCGCCGCGGCAGCGGCAGCGGCGGCGACCGGGUCCGUUGGCAGCACAUUGGCGAGUGGCAGCCACUCCUUGCCGGCGCCGUUCCUUGCGGCGGGCCUGGCCAGCAGUGGUAACGCGCUGGGGUGGCAGGCGGCGGGCAGCCACGGGGCGGGCAUGCUGCGCAGCGGUAGCCGCUCGGGCACACAGGAGGCGCCGGCGGUGCUGCGGCGCCCGGAAUCCAGCAUGGGCCAGCACAGCGGCGCAGGCCACGCCACCGUUAGCGGGCGCAGCGAUGUGGUUCUGACAACAGGCGGCGGCGGCGGCGAGUCUGCCACCAGCCGGGCUGGCAGCAUGGCUGGUGGCGGCGCUGCCGCCGGCGACUCUGGCCGCGCACCGUCGAGCGCGUCUUGGGCUGCCGCUGCCAUUGCCGCCGCCGCAGCGUCGGCUGGCGGCGGCCGGGCUUCCAGCGGGAUCCACACCGGCAGCGGGCACCUACAACUGCAUCGUCUGGGCGCGCCGGGGCUGGGAUCCGUGGGCGGCCCAGUCGUCAGCUCCGACAGCGCCGGCCCCGCCAGUGGCGGCGCGGGCCGAGGCGUUGGUGGCGGAAUCAGUGGCGGUGGCGGUGCCCGCUUCGUGUCCGCGGUCCUGGGCAUUGUGGACACCGCUGGCGGCAGCAGCCGCGGCUCUGCGGCUGGCACCGGCGCCGCCCCAAUGGCAGGAGACGGCGCCGUCGGCACGGAUCCCGUCUCCGGCUGGGCGGCGGCUGUGGGCGGCGCAGAGGGUACCAGCAAGGAGGGGCCAAGGCGAGGCAGCUCCAGCAGGGGCAAGCAGAGCAGCUCGGGACUCAGCAGGUCGUUUCUCUUUAACACCGCGUUCUGAGGGAGACGCAGUCGCAACGGAGGGGCGCAGAAAUGAAUGGAGAUGGACGUGAUGAGCACUUCCGAUACUUAUGGAUCAGCCGUGUGGCAACGUGUAUUCAGCUUGUGACUGCUGCCUGACCAAAGAGCGUGGGACGGGGGUGACUAGGAUGCGCGGGCGGGUGGGUGGCCUCGAGCGUUCGUGCAUUUCUUAAAUGAAGCUUUCCAUGACCAUGUCACUGAACAUCCUUGGCCGCGUCUGUGCGUUACACGCGGACACCUCUCAGUAUGCAUGGAUUCCCAAGCUGCCACACCGGAUUGGUAUUUUUAAUCAUGUACGGGGGUGUUCCAGUACUAUGCCGACGCGUCGUUGUCGCUAGCGGGGUAUCUUGCCGGGUGGCGCGUAACGCCGCGCCAUGGAACUGCGCGGGCGCGGCAUUGUGUCAUCAUCCGAGCUGGCGAAUGCGAUCCCGUUUGGGUGCAAGUUUCUCAUGCUCGUGGUAUGAAGUAUGGGCGGUAGUGGGACUCGGCGUCGGGUGUGAUUAAUAAAAUUGAAUGCGCUUGUUGAAGUUUGGUUCCUCCUGAAGGCCUGGGAAGACAAGAUAGUCUGAGGCCGCCUGUUACUGCGACAGUGUCAUUGGAACUUCGAGGGCGCUGCCCACCGCAUGCACUGGCGCUAUACGCUGGCUAUUUAUGGAGCGCGCAUCAUGUAUGAGAGUGGAGUGUCUUUCCUCGGGCGUGGGCUUGUGAGAGUUGUACCACUGUCAUACUUAAAUGGUUGGGUCUGCGGCGGGGGCGUCAGGGCGAGGGCGUCAGGGCUCCGGCAUCAUAGGAUAUCAAGGCGCACCACCAACCUAAAAGGAGCGCUCUUGGAUGUAGAAGGGCUUUUGCUGCCGGGUUGCUCCUGUAUAUGCAUGGCCUUCAUCACAUAUAGAGUUCUGAGGGGCCGCAACGAGCCGAUGGGCCCAGGCGUCCUGACGGAGUCCUGAGCGUGUACCUGCGUGCGAUGGAACGCAUGUGAAUGAUUCAUUCGCUUGAUAACGGCCGAGUCAAAGCGUGCGACACCGUGCGUCAUACCGUAAGUAAUUUUCGGUCGGGCUAGGGCUGCGACCAAUGGUGUGACGAACGCACAGCACGCCGUUCUGUCGGGAGAUGCUGGGGGGUGGUGCUGGCAGGUUCGCGGUUGGGCGGGGUGCUGUUGUCUCGUGAGCUUGUCAUUUGUGACGCGCUGCUUCUUGCGCUGGAACACAGGGCGAUUGCUGGUACAGAUGUGUACGGUAUAGCGGGGUCCUUGGUGUGUCGGAGCUAUAGGUGACAGUAGGACGCAUGCCACACGGACACGAGGAAGGGUGGCAUGGGUGGCAAGGAUAGAACGCGGCGUGCGCAUUCUCAUUACCGCGGCACGCUCGGUGUGCGCAUUAUCCAGCUAAGUGGUGAUCAUAAGUUAUUGAAGAACAGGCGCGCAAUGCCAUGUGCGUGUCUGCAUGCAGUGCUGUUGCAGGGAUUGAGGUUGUGGGUUCAUGCGUUCCUAUGCAAGGCGGCGAUGGUUACCGUACGCGCAAGCCUUGAAGGCAAACGUUUUGGAAGAGCGCUGCUACUUGUGCGCCUGGCUGCUUUUAGGUCACUGAGGCACGUCAUGAGCUCAGAGAUGUAUUUGAGCUGCGGACGGCGGCAUGUUAAGCACACGAAACAAAAUGAGAGAGCAGGGGCCCCGGGGCCCGGGCUCCACUCACAACGCCUCGAGGUGACUACGCAUAGCUGUAUGCUCGCAUCAGCUCAAUCCACCCCGUGCUAAGAAAGGGGUAAACCAUUGCGAGGUUUGCAAGACGCGUAGAAUGAAAUGCCGUUCGUGGCUGAGAUUUUCAUGGUGCUGGCCUGACACGUGUCUUCCGGAUUCGGAGACGCUGCCGACAAGUUGGGUAACGCACAUGAAGCCCAAUACUUCCCAUCCCGCGUAUUGCACAAAUUGACUGAUUGAAUAAUACGGUAUCCCUCAUCUAUAAAACACAUUGCAUAAUGAAGGCGAUGAUUCUGCGCAGGAUUGGAGAUUCGGAGUUGGCGAUAUGCGCUCUUGGUGCUGGCCUGCUGGGCAACCUGGUCUCACCCGGGGCGUGCCCAUACCCGGGGCACCGUCCAAAGCUCAAACCAUCCCAAAUGCCCUGAUAUGGUAUCUGUAUGUUAUGAAUAGCUGUUA